AUGGCUACUGAGGAUAUUAUCGGUAACAGUUCUGUUGGUGCUACAGAGAAACCUUUUAAGUUUGAAGGCCUGCACUUCAAACGCUGGCAACAGAAGAUGUAUUUCUUCCUAACUCUGAAAAAGGUAGUGAAUGUUCUCAAUGAGGACAUACCUGUUCUUCCUGAUGCUUCUGCUUUUGGAACGAAUGAAUUGACUGUCACCAAUGGUGGUGAGAAACCUGUGAAUGACAAAGAUAAGGAUCAAAUUGAUUCUGCUGCAGCACAGGUUAAAGCUCAAAAGCUUCAGCUGCAAAAAGAGAUACACCUCUGGAAAGAACAUGAUUAUUUAUGUAAGAACUAUAUUAUUAAUGGACUUGCUGAUGACUUGUAUGAUUAUUAUCGAUCAUACAAUACUGCUAAAGAUGUGUGGGAGGCUCUGACCAAAAAGUAUGACACUGAAGAAGCUGGUGCAAAGAAAUAUGUUGUGAGCAGGUACUUAAAGUAUCAGAUGGUUGAUGAAAGGUCUGUUGAAGCACAGUCUCAUGAAAUUCAGAAGAUUGCACAUGAAAUUAUUACUGAAGGUAUGCCUCUUGAUGAACAGUUUCAAAUUGCUGUUAUUAUUGACAAACUGCCCCCUUCUUGGAAAGAUUUUAAAAACAUUCUUCAUCACAAAACUAAAGAAUUUUCAAUUGAAAGCUUGAUUACUCGCCUCCUUAUUGAGGAAGAAUCUCACAGGUAA